AAUAUACGUUGCGGUAUAAGAUCGGGAAUGAUUAAAAAUCCAUUUUUCUCGUAGAAUAAGCGCUGAUUGAAAGUCAAGUGAUCGUUGUUGUUAGUAAAACGGAAUACGGUCGGUGUAUCUGCCAUUCUUUGCAAUUCUCUUUCGUUAUCGGGACGGUAUAUCGGGACCGCGUCAAAUCUGAAAGAACAAUAAGAAACGUAUGUACGGGGUAUAUUAUAUAGGCGAGCUAUCGUCGGAUAGGAAAGGAUGAUUUAGGCGAUAAGGAAAUGAAUUUUUUUUUCUUCUUCUUCUUCUUCUUCUUCUUCUUCUUCUUAGGGAACUCGUCGACUUGACUCGAGGUCGCAGAGAAUCCGGCGUUUGCGCGUGAAACCGCGCGUGGAAAAGCGCCGACGUAAGUCGACGUUAUGUGUUAGGGUAGGGGGAUCAUGGCAACCCUCCUUCCCGUUUGGAACGUGCGCGUUUCUCGGCAUCAGCACGUGGCAUCAAAGGGAUAGAAUAUACCGGGGGGGUGGUCGCGCAAACGGCGACGACCCUCGCUCGUCGUCGCGAGCGAGCGAACGCGGCCGAGCAAACGGUGUCUUCUCCUUUCAAAAAGAGGAAAUAUCUUUUCUUUCCGUUUUUAAAGAAAAUCGUUGAAAAGCGUAGUUACCAUGUGUCGUUACUCUCCUUCUUUCUUUUUCUUAUUUUUUCUUCCUUUUCUCACUUUUUUCCCUAUUCCUUAUUCUCGCUUCUUUCACUUUUUCUCUUCUUUUUGAAAAAAGGAAUAAAAGAGAAGGUAGAAAUAUAGUAAUAUCUUUCGAAUCUUUCGAUCUAAAAUUCUCGCGAGUGAAAGUCCAUGUGUCUAAAUGGCGAUGUUGGCUGCGAAGAUCGAGCCUGUAACAAUCGCGUGAUCGACAUCGAUCUAUCCUUGUGGGGGGAGAGAGAAUCUGUUCCAAGAGGAAAUAAAUUCAGGUAGGAGAAAGGGGAGGAAUGGGCCCUUGGGCCUUUGGCGUCCCUCUCAUCCUUGCCUGCGCUUUGGGCCUUCUUCUUAACGUUUACGUUCUGCUCGUUGUUCUUGGUCUUGGUAAACAGACGCAGCAGCAGCAAACGGCAAAUACGUUGCUACUGAUUCAUCUUGGCGCGGUCGAGGCAGCCGUGUGUCUGAUAUUACUCAUCUUUACUACUACACCUUGGCCAAUAGCCGGCAGUUGGUGCGUAUUUCAUGGCUUUCUCUUAGCCCUUUUACAUCCCGUCGCAUUGUGGACCGUCACGGGACUGAACUGCGAUCGAUAUUACGCUAUUGCCGCGCCAUUGCAUUACGCGGCACUGGUAUCACCCCGACGAGUGAACCUCGGUUUGGCAGCUUCCUGGACGGGAGCCCUUCUCUUGUCUCUACCACCGUUCUCCGGCCUGGUACCACCUUACAGAUACAGUCCAGGCUUAGGCUGUUGCGCACCAGAUUUUGGAAACGGAAGUUGGGGUUCCGCAGCUGCACUUUACGGCGCGGUUUACGCGAUUCUCGGCUUGGCAUUGCCGGCGAUUCUCGUGACGGUCUGCAAUUUGCGAGUCCUCGGUAUAGCGCGUUAUCAUCGGCAUCGUAUCGCUAGUGCAAUCUACGAGGUCACAUUAAGCGCCCAAGUGACCAUCACCCAUCAGCGAAAUCCAUUUUUCGUGCCCACGGUCACGGCACCCUCGGCCGGUGGCCCUCCUCGUUUUCAUAGCGCUGCGAGCACGGUGAUGCAACUAGUCGGUUCGCUCUAUUUGCUGUACUUUCCCUACUGCGGAUUUAUACUUUGGGAAUCCUGCGGUGCCGGCGAUCAAGAUCGUCUCCAGGGGCAUCCUCGACUAGCCUCCUUGGCAUCUCUCCUUCUUGCCUGUUCUCCGCCGAUCAACGGUCUCCUCUACGGUCUGAAAUCGCAAACUCUGAGACGAUCCGUGCAAAAUUAUUGGCGAAAAAAGGCGACCAAGUCCGAAUUGCAACAGGAGAUACAGGCAAGAACGCCUAGCGUGGCGGGCUCGAGAAGACCGUCGGGAAGUGGUACCGGAUCGUUCUUUCCAUUUCCUCCGUUACAACGACGCCUCAGCGAAGCUCUAUUGGCGAUUGGUAACUGCAGAUCGGGAAAUAGCAUCGAACACGGUAAUCUCAAUUAUCAUCGUACGAGAUUACAGCCUGCGGCUUCGUGUAACACGCUUAGAGUACCAUCGGCGGAAUCAGGCGAAACUGGGAAAUUGGUGAGGUCCAGUGCUAGCGCGGCGAGUCUAAUGGGGCCGCAUUAUCGAGGCGAUUUCGCAACGGGCAACGAGAUUGGAACUGGUUGUUCCAUCGGUAUGAACGAAACGCCCAGACAAAGUCCAAGGAUUCUUAUAACGCGUGCUUGCAGCGAGGAGAGCCAAAACGGUGGGAGUCCUCUUCUUCGUAAAUCUCAUCCCUCAAACUCGGCCCAUCAUCCACCCUGCGAAAAACGUAGAUGGAGAUAUUGUAGUACCGGAAGCGAUAGUAGCACUGGGAGCAGCGAAACGAACGUUUGGACGACUGGCGUUGUUGCUCACAAAAUGGGGAAGAAUAAUUUGAAAAAUGUGACGGACGUUUGGCCGGCGAGCCGACGAUUGAUACGCGUGAGAACUCUCGAGGAGGAUUCACUUUCAACUGGCAUCAGGCCGAACAACAACAACAAUAACAACAACAACAACAACAACAACAGCGAGAGUAGCGAUACGACGGAUAACACAGCGACGACGACGACGACGACGACGACUUUACCGAUCAAGACGCAAAUGUUCGAGGACGGAGAGGAGGAUAUCGAUACGAGGAUGAGAAAGGGAUCGAGGAAAAAUGAAGAGAGGAAUCAAAGCGAGAGCGAGAAUAGUUGGAGCAGCGUCGAAGAGAUCGAAACGAAAGAGGUGAUUGGAAAAAGGGGAGAGGAAGAAAUUGGUCGAAAGGACGAGGAAAAAAGAUCGAAGAAAAGAGAAAGGUCGGGAGCAUCUCGCAGGAGGAGAAGAAUAAAGCAGGGGGAUAAUUCCGACGUGUCCGAAGAUCGAGAUGACGUGGCGGCACAAAUGAGGCCACUCUUAUUGGAUAGAUCGUUUCAUCCGUAAACCCCGCGAUUUUUUUUCCCCCGAUUCGUCUAAGUUUGGAACUAAAGACGGAACUGUAAAGACCGGCAGAAUAGUUAUCGACUGAUCGACGACGAUAGACGGCGAAUUCAAUGUGAACGAUACGAGGAAAAUGAAUCCGUUUAAUCGCAACCCACGUUAUUCCUUAACGCACAAAAACAUCGUUAUUCGUUUCCCUCUCGCAUGACUGAAAAUAGUAUAUCGAUCGAUCCUAUACGGCUCUAUUUAUUUUAUCUUAUCUCAAUGAGAGAACGUUGGAUGUUCGUCGCGUACGUUGUCUCCUCGAAAGUCGUCUUUUUCUCAAAUAUCCUAUAUUUCGAACGUAUAGCUCGUCCAACCGGACCGAUAUACCUAUAUAUUAUUUAUUCAAUUACGAUUGAACGGGUCUUUUGAAGAAAUCGACUUUCGAUCAUAUGAAAAAAUCGUCGAAAAUUUCGGCUUCGGCCUAUUAUCGAAUGCAUCGUCCUGGAAAUGAUGUAUUUCUUCCUGUCCAGCAUCGGGAGAGUAGGCGAGAGCGAUCCCGAUGGCCUCGACUUUCUCGAGGAAAGUACUAUAAACCGAUAUCUCUGUGCGUCCUCGUCUUUGGAACGCAAAGAAAAUAAGAACGAAUAAGUAGGAGUUUGAGAGAAAGCGAACGAUCUAUAGUUCCUAUCGUUCCUAAUCGUUAAUCGAUCGAUUGUACACUAUAUACUUUUGCUCUUUUCUUUUUUUUUCUUUCCUUUCAACGACUGCCGCCUCGUCAAGAAAAAGAAAAAAAAGUAUCUGUAUCAAGAUACGUAACACAGUCGACGGAUUAUUAAUCGAGAAAGUAUUCCGAUUGGAAAGGAUCUUCUAUAAUAGAUUAUAGAACAUUACCUUGAGAUCUUGAUAAAAUCGUAUAUAUCGUCUAUUAUCGGUGCGCUUUAAGCGCUAGUAGCGAACUCUUCCUUCCUUCCACGUAAUCGAAUAUCAGAGAACGAUAAGACAAUAGAGGAGAAACAAUAGCUAUUGGAAAGUUCCAAAUCAUUGACCAGUUUGUAGUUGACAAGUGACGUAGAGACAUCGUUCCCUAUCCGACGAAUUCGAGAAGAGGAGUCAUUUUUAGACGCUAUCUUGAUAUUACACCGUCUGAUCGAUGUUCGAGGCAAUCGCUUGGCACAAGGUCAAACGAUCCUUCUAUCGCGUGCUAUUAGUCCCUUAAUAAUCUUUUAAUGACGCCUAAUAUAUGUAUAUGUAUGUAUGUAUGUAUGUAUGUAUGUAUGUAUGUAUGUAUGUAUAUAUAUGUAUAUAUAUAUAUAUAUAUAUAUAUAUAUACACACACACAUGUUAACUGGCUGUAACAACGUUCGUAAUGACUUAAAAAAUAAUCAUUUCGUGUUAGGCCAAAAGAGAGUUUCGUUAUAAUUGUAUUUGCUCGGUCGAUCGUUAAACGAAAUGAUAAGAAUUACGUGUUAAUGAGAAACUCAUGGAUGUCGUCGACCUGAAUCAUCGGCGUAAAUGUAAUAUUCGACUUUUUUCGUAGCUAUUAAUAUUUAACCGAAGAAAGAAGAAAAGUGGCGCCGAUACGUUCCUACAGCGAGUCUAUGAAAAAUAUGAAAUAAAUAAAUAAAAAGAAAAGAAAAAUAGAGGAAAAGGGAAAAGGAAGGAAAAAGAAAAAUGAUUUUACGAUGAAAAUUUUCAACUUUUGAGAAUACAUAAUAGUUCCGAAGAGCGCUAUAUAACCAACUCUAUUUCUAGAUAUUCCGUCCGUAAAGAGUAGAGGAGCGAAUUUUAUUGUCCCCCUCCCCUUCCAUCUUUUCUUUCUUUAUGCUUUUUACUCGAUAUUAUCGAUCGCAACUACCGCGAAAUCAAAUGUCCGUCUAUUAACGUCUCUCGCGUUGAAAUUAUUUUUAGUUUAGGUCUUUAUCGAGUUUGGUCGACUCGCGACACGAUUUCAAUUAACAUCGAUAAUCGAGUUUCGCCUAUACAUCCAAUCGGCGAAACUCGAGCGAGUGAUAAGGAAAAGGCAUUAUUAUAUUACCGCGAACGUCCCAUUUAAAAUCAAGAAUAUGGACCCACUCGAUUACUUUUUUUUAAGCAGAGCUAGCCGAAGGAAUAAAUAGGAUGGAUUAGAAAUAAAGAUGCACCUUUUGAUAAGCGAGAUCGGCAAGUAAGUAAAAAAGAAUUUAAGUGCGAGUCCUUAAAAAUUAAAAGGUGAAGACCCGACAUGUUAGUAGAUUAUAGACCAGGAAGAAUUUUUCGGGAGGAUCCUCUGAGACAGAAAAAUGUCUCGUCGUGUGGAAAAUGGUUCUACGGUGCCGUGGCCGAGAGACGCGCCAGGUUGGCGCCAGGCUACGAGAGAUAGGACGGGUUGCGGUUCCUUCUUCGUUCCGGGCGAAAGAAAGAAAGAAAGAAAGAAAGAAAAAAAGUUAUCACGAGUACAGGAUCUUGAGUUUAGAAAAUUUCUACGUCCUGUACUUUGGCGAAAAAUUCCGUCGGAUAUAUAUGAUUGUACAUACAAGUGCAAGUAGAUAAUAUAAGUAAUAAGAAUAAGAUAAUUAGCUGCGAAAUCCAUCAAAUACUUAGAAAGAUCGACGACGUUUCCUUUAUAUUCCAUUCUUACGGUCGCGAAUAAUAACGAAGCGACUUGAAACGAGUAAAUUUUCCUUCUAUUUUCGAACGAAUAUUUCCGACUCGAAAGUAAAAAAAGAAAAAAAAAAAAAAAAAGAAGAGAGAAACGGAAGAAGAAACGCGUCCGGCAGUUUCCGAUCUCCCGGCCAGUAGACACACGUUCUACGACGAAAGUAUUAUCCGCUUCUUGGUCCAAUUAAGCAGCGCGACGAGAACGAACGACGAUAUCGCCAAAGCUGCUACUCUUGCAAUGUACCAGUUAGUGUUAGACGUUCGUUCGUUCAGAGACACGAUAUACCUAACGAGUAGGUAUUCGCGAAUAAUCUUACGCGAGCUAAUCCUUUCUCCUCUACUCCACUCCCAUCUGGUAUUACGAAUCAUCGAGUUUGGCGUUUGAAAAUCCUUAUCUGCGAAUCGUUAUGCGUAUCCCUACUCUUGAUUAUCGAUUAUCGAUUAUUUAAUCGUUAACUAAUCGACGAUCGCGGUAUGAUAAUAACGAAGAAAAACAACAUCUGUAUGUAUAGAUUAUAAAUGGCGGUGGAAGGAAAAAAAAAAAGAAAAGAAGAGAAACAGAAUCGUACAAAAUCGAAAUCGUUUGGGAUACAUCUUCUCUUUCUUUUCCCAUUCCCCUUUGUAAAAAGCAUUACGACGAGGAGAGAGAGGAGAGCGAGAGCGAGAGCGAGAGCGAGAGCGAGAGCGAGAGAGAGAGAGAGAGAGAGAGAGAGAGAGAGAGAGAGAGAGAGAGAGGAAGGAUAAGGAGGGUUGGGAGUAUUGACUUUUUCGAAAUAAAAAUCAACGAAGCGCCGUGCUUGUAUCGAACAGCGAGAUAGAGCGAGAGAGAAAUAGAAAUUGUGUCUCGGCUAUAGACGGACUUAAGGUACCGAGACGCGUCGCAAGUGGUUCAUUAUUCUCGCUUCCCCUAAUGGCUUCGCUCGGAGCUAUUAUUCGUUGCAAUUAUCUCGGUGUGGUCGUAGAAUCGAAUCCGUCGUCGGUACGUUUCCCGUUGGAUCGGUUAAAAAAGAAGAAAUAAAGUAAAAUGUUGAAUAAAAGGAUGGUGGAGUCGUUUUUUAACGAAUUUGAUUUGCGAACGAACGAAUUGUAAUGUCAAUUGCAUUGUUUUUGAGUAGAAAAAGAAUAAGGAAAGAGCGUUCGCUGAUAACGGUUGGCGAACGGUUGGUUUCUUAACGAUUUUCUUCAUGAAUGAAUCCUGACGAACGCGAAGCGCCGCGGUUGGUUCUCGGACUCGGAGAUAUUACCUGUCUGUAUACGUGGCUAUUCGCUGUCGCCAAACGAUGAACCGGUUCAGUGUGGCGCCGACAUUUGGGACGAUCGUAUGCUUUUCGAGAAAGCUAUGCUCGAUCGGGCCUCGCGAUUAAUGCCAUAAAGCCAUCUUUCUCUCUCUCUCUCUCUCUUCCUCUCUGUCUCUUUCUCUCUCUCUCCCUCGCUCUCUCUUUCGUUAGUUCGGUAAAAAAUAAGAAAAGAAAUAGAAACGGUGGAAAAAUUUGUUCAUUUGUUUUUCCCAUUGUCAAGAAGAAAAUCAUUUUUCGUUAAUUCUCUCGUUAUUGCUCUCGCGAGUGUUUUUUAUUUGAAUCGAUCGAUUCGUACGUCCGAUCGGAAAGACGGAUAAAUUUGAAGGAGGUCAUAAGCACUUGCUUAUGCUUUUCUAUUCUUCGACGAUAUAAUAAAAUUUAACGCAACGAAUUCUAGCGAUACUAUUUUUCUUACUCUCUCUCUCUCUCUCUCUCUCAGAUCUUUUCUCUUACGAACAAGUACAGCCCGAGUAGCCCCUAUUACAUUGAUUGUUUCUGCAAUAAUAUUUCAUACAUGAUAAUUAGUCGGCGCACGAAAACGGUCCGAAAGAGUUUGAACGAGAGCGACAUGCGUAACGAAAAUCAUCGUUCGUUCGAGCGUUGACUCGAUUAACUCGUGAUACCGGCUAUAAGUACGGCGAACGUACGUUGUUCGAAAGAGAAACGAGAAUUGUGAGAGACGAUUAGUCGAAUUUGUCAAAGUGACACCGACGACCGAACGAGAAGAAGUUUAAGAAAAGAAAAAUAAUAAGAAGAAGGAGGAAAGAAAAGAAAAGAUGGCAAGAAGGAGCAGCCUUAUGUGUACGUUCGAACCACCGCAAGAGCCAAGUCGUACCAACGUACCGUGGCGCUGGUCUUUCUGCUAAUAAAGAUAUGGCGAGGAAAAACAAGAAACGAAAGAAAGAACGUUGGAAAUGUAACACGAUAUGGCGUUUUGUCGGCAACCUGAAUGUGGUGUGAAAAAAAGGAGAAAAGAAAAAAAAAAAAAAAAAAAGAAAAAAGGAAAAAGAAAAAAGAAAAAAGAAAAAAAAAAAAGAAAAACUAAACGAAC